ACUUUCUGCUCUCGUGGCCCCGAGCGCGCAGCGCCCAGGAGCCGGGCAGAGCCUGACGCCCUGUCGUCAACCCUCGCGCACGGGGCUCUGCGGGUGACCGGACCGGCCAGCUCCCUGCUGCAUGGAACGGCUGCAGAAGCAACCACUUACCUCCCCUGGGAGCGUCAGCUCCUCCCGAGGCUCCAGUGUUCCUGGCUCUCCCUCCAGCAUCGUGGCCAAGAUGGACAAUCAGGUGCUGGGCUACAAGGACUUGGCUGCCAUCCCCAAGGACAAGGCCAUCCUGGACAUCGAGCGGCCUGACCUCAUGAUCUACGAGCCCCACUUUACCUAUUCUCUCCUGGAACAUGUGGAGCUUCCCAGAAGCCGGGAGCGCUCACUGUCACCCAAAUCCACAUCCCCCCCACCAUCCCCAGAGGUGUGGGCAGAGAGCCGGUCCCCUGGAACCAUCUCUCAGGUUUCAGCCCCAAGAGCCACUGGGACCCCACGGACCAGCCUACCCCAUUUCCACCAUCCUGAGACAACCCGCCCAGAUUCCAACAUCUACAAGAAGCCACCUAUCUACAAGCAGAGAGAGUCCAUGGGAGGGAGCCCUCAGAGCAAGCACCUCAUCGAGGACCUCAUCAUCGAGUCCUCCAAGUUCCCUGCAGCCCAGCCGCCUGACCCCAACCAGCCAGCCAAGAUUGAAACCGACUAUUGGCCAUGCCCCCCGUCGCUGGCCGUCGUGGAGACAGAAUGGAGGAAGCGGAAGGCAUCGAGGAGGGGCGCAGAGGAAGAGGAAGAGGAGGAAGAUGACGACUCUGGCGAAGAGAUGAAGGCUCUCAGGGAGCGUCAGAGAGAGGAACUCAGUAAGGUUACUUCCAACUUGGGAAAGAUGAUCUUGAAAGAAGAGAUGGAAAAGUCACUGCCUAUCCGGAGGAAAACUCGCUCUCUGCCUGACCGGACACCCUUUCAUACCUCCCUGCAUGCAGGAACAUCAAAAUCAUCUUCUCUCCCCGCCUAUGGCAGGACCACUCUGAGCCGGCUACAGUCCACAGACUUCAGCCCCUCUGGGAGUGAGACUGGAAGCCCAGGCCUGCAGAACGGAGAGGGCCAGAGGGGGAGGAUGGACCGGGGGAACUCCCUGCCCUGUGUGCUGGAGCAGAAGAUCUAUCCCUACGAAAUGCUGGUGGUGACCAAUAAGGGGAGAACCAAACUGCCUCCAGGUGUGGAUCGGAUGAGGCUUGAGAGGCAUCUGUCUGCGGAGGACUUCUCAAGAGUAUUUUCCAUGUCUCCUGAAGAGUUUAGCAAGCUGGCCCUGUGGAAGAGGAAUGAACUCAAGAAAAAGGCCUCUCUCUUCUGACCACCCCUCCCACUCCUUGACUGACCCUGUCCCCUGCUGCUUCAGGGCUCUGGAGCUGGGGUCACUAGACCCCAAAGCAUCAUCCCUUGGGGGAGCAGGGAGGUGGGGCGGAGGUAGGGUUGGCUCCAUUCCCCAGGUGAGGAGGAACCAAGACCUCUGUAGUGCUGGGGUUGUAGGACAUGAACUUGCUUCCCCAUAAUGAGCUAGGGGGGGCCUCCUUCCCUCAUCCCUGGUCCUCACUGCACAGGGCAAACCCAGUCUGGACUCCAGCACACACAGAGUUAAUGUUUGCACCCUCUCCCCACCCCAACCCCACAUGAAGGUCCCCACAAGAGAGGAGAAACGAGGCAGCAUUAGUGGUCAGGCAUGUUGGCUGUCUUGACCAAAUGGGUGGGUAGGACCCUCGGACCUGCUAGGAGGCAGGUGAGGGUGGGAAGCAGCCAGGCAGGCAGGGAGAGCCCCAGGAUGCUGUGUGCACCCAAGCACGCCUCCUCACCUCACCUUGGACAGCUUCCCCUACACCUGGGCCUCUGGCUUCUCUGACUCUUAGCAGGAGCAGGCUUGAACUCAGCCUCUAACAAGGAGGCCACCCUGCCCUCCAGCUCACCUUGUCCUCUCCUUGUGACCCCUAAGCUUCAGAGCCUCUUGCUCCAGCCCUGUGGCUUCCCCAGAAGCCUUGGCUUAGAGUGGAGAUGUUGCAGAACCUCAGCCCGCCGUCAACCUGCAGGCAAAGUCCGCUAGACUUCUAGCACCCAGGUCCCGGGCAGAACCCAGGCCUUCAGGCUCCUUGGAUGGGAUCAAGAGGCCAGGCUGAGUGUCCUGGCUAGCAGGUCCCGUCCAUUCCCACGCAUCCCCCACCACGCUGUCUAAAGAAUGUAAUUUAUUGGGGCACCUCCCCAGCUGCUUUCUCUCCUAACUCUCUGCCCUACUUUAAUCACACUCCCAGCUUUUCUUCUCUACAGAAACAUAUGUGUAUAUAAUUAUAUAUAUAUUUUUGCCUGGGGCUGGGUUUGGUACCUGCCCAGACUCUGGCAUCCCUUUCCACUGUGUGUGUGUGUGAUAAUGCUGUGGGAGGGGGACUCUGCUUGGAAUUAAAAGGUUGCACUGGGCCCCCAAA